AUGAAUGAUUACACAUAUACAGAUUUUUUGGUAAAGAAAAGUGUUUAACCUUUCAGUUUGCGUAACUUAUAGGGUUCAGUUAAUUAAUUUUAGAAUUUGACAUUGCAUAUAAACAAAAAAGCAUUUCAAAUUAGGUAAGAUAGCAAAGAUAAGCUUAACACCAUGCAGAUAAUAAAAUCUAAAAAGCUUUAGGUAUAAUAACUCCCUGAUACUGAUAGGUAUUUAAAAUAAAUUACACAUGCUAGGUAAUUGAAUUGGAGAAAUCUAUUAAAAGAUUCUGAACACAAAAAAAUAAUGUAAGUAAUUAGUAAAGAUAAAUAUGUUGAUGAUGUUGUCGUUGUUAGCGAGGGACAAAAAAAAAGCCACAAUAUGACUGAUUAUUAAGUAUAACUUUAAAAGCUUAAGAACGAAAAAGCAAUUUGGACAGUUGAAAACAAGCUCAAGUUUGUAAUGGAUGAUAAGAUUAAGUUUGAACAGAUAAAAAAGCUGCAUCAGCAAUAUGUUACUGAAAAGUUAAAAAAAAAUUUUUGGGAAGAUAGAUUUAAAAAUGAUAAUUAAUCUCCUAGAAAUAAAUCGCUAACCAAUUCGUUAUAUUCAGAUCGUUCAAACAGAAAUUUUGAAGAAAUAAUGAAAAAUGAAUAAAUUUCUAAAUCAGAAAAAAAGGAAAGAAAUCCAAACAAUUAUCAAAUUUAUAAUUAUGGUAAUGUAAAAGAAUAGUGUAAUGAAGAUGAUUUAACAAAUUCUUAACUGUGCUUAUCAAAAUCUUAGAUUAAAAAUGAAAUUGAUAGAAAAAUUAUGGGUGAAAAAAAAGGUAGUGCUGAACAAGAGUAAAAUUAAAGUAUAGGAGUCAAAGAAUAGCAAUAAAUUUCAAUAAAAUAAACUUUGUAGCAUUUUUUAGAAUUAGAUUAAAAUAUUCUACCAUCGAAAAUACAGUCAAAUCUUACAACAUAACCUAAUUCCUAGAAAUAUUUAAAAGAAAUUAAUGCUGAAUAAAAAAAAAUAGGCAAAUCUCUCAAUUCUAGUUACAACUAAUUAAAUCAGCAUAUUAAAAAUAACUAAAACAAAAUUAUAAAAUCAAACUCGAUUCAUGCUCAUUUUGAAGCUGAUUUUGAUAAUUAAGCUUCUUUUUUUGAGGCCAGUAAUAAUCAACAAGGCAAUAUCAAAUAAAAUUUAAUUAAAUUAGAAGAGGAAAAAUAGUACUCAUAUUCAAAAGUAGACUCUAAACUAAAUUUUCCCCAUUUUUAAGGAAAUCAUAAAAGUAUGAUGAACAUCAAUCCUUUUGAUUGUGAGAUUUUUAUAUAAGAAGAAGAACUCAACACUGAAAGGCAAUCAUAAGAUUUUAAUCCAGGAGAGAAAUAUGAAUAGUUGAGGAAAAUUAAUAGUGAAAAUGAGAAAAAGUUGAUAGAUUAUAUAAUUAAAAAAAAUUAGUUUGAAUUAGUCGAUCUAUUUCCCAGUAAUGUAAAAAUUCAGCCUCGCAAAUAUGUUGAUUUUGAUUAGAUAUAGCUUUCUGAUUUUGAUAAGGCAGCAUAUUAGCAGUAAAUAAUUGAAAAGGAAAAGCUGAAAAAUAAGAAUAACUUCAAUAAGCCAGAUUUAAAUAAUAAACAUGAAUAAAACUUUAACUUAAAUAAAAAAUAUGAAAAGCAUUAAGACGAAUAAAUGAACUAAAAUAAAUAAUCUAAUACACAGUUAAUUCAUAUACCUAAAUCAUACUAAUAGUCAGACUAAGUCAUUGAGCCUUAAGUUUAGUUGCUAAAAAAAUCUCCACUUAAAAAAAGAAAAACUAACAAGAACAAAAUAAAGUCACAAUGUAUUUAACGGCUAUCGAAAGACACAGAUUAAUUUAGUGUUUAAUAUCUAAGAAAAUAUGGUUUAGAAGAAACAACUCAUUUAAAAGAUGAAUUUUCAAAACUGAGAUCAACAGCUACUACACUUCCUUAUUCUAUGAAAACUGAUGCCUCUAAAUAGAAUUCAUAAUGCUCUUCACCAAGAAACAAUCCUUAUUUGCUAAAUAACAAAACUUAAAUUUUGAAUUAAAGUUUAAAUAAAAAAGAUUUAAUUAAAUUUGCAAAUAAAGAAUAAAUUUAAAUAAACGAAUCAACAACAACAGGGUUUUCAAAUACUGCCUAUGGAGCAGGAUUUUUGAGUUCUAGAUCUGAAAAUAGGAAAAAUAUAAGAUCUAAUUUAGAAAAUCAUGAAAAAAGCAAAUAAUAAAUAGAAAUAGCUCCAUUCUUUAAAAAGCGCCAACUUUCAAUUUCCUAAGCACUGAAAUAAGAUGAAGGAAUCCAACCAUAAUAAAAUUGUUAAACUUUAAAUAAUAUGUUCUCUCCAGUGAGUAUGGUAAUGAGUAACAAAUAUACAGAUAGAAAACAUUAAGAUUUUAAAAAUACAAAUUUGCAAAUUUAAUAGAAUUAAACAAACUUAAAAAAUAACUACUUAUAAGAUAGUUCCAAAUAAAAAAAUAAUUAGAACUAAAUAAAUAAACUAUUAAAAUUCUAAAAAAUGAUAUAAGAGAAGCAAAAUAAUCAAUAAGAUAAUCUUUAAAUAAAGGAAAAUUUUAUAAAAUUUUAUGAUAAUGUCUUAACUCAAUCCAAAUAGUAAUCAAAAACUACAGGAAAAAUAAAAAGAGAAAUUAAUAAAUUGGUUAAAAAUGUAGAUAAAAGCUUAGCCUCUAUACAAUCUUCUGAAGGACCUAAAUUAUCAGCUUUUCAUCACGAAUUUAGAGAUUUUAAGGAAAUGAAGAUAUUUAAAAGAAAGCUAUUUAAUUAUGCAAUAAAUAAAAUACAUCCAGAUGAUAGAAAAGGUCUUUUUGAGCUAUAUUCAAUGACUCAUAGACAAGAGGUUGAAGAUUUAUUUGCAUAACAAAUGAAGAAGUGA